ACAUUGUAAGAGAAAAAGAUUAUUGCACCAUUUGUUGAAAAUAAAUUUUAUAUCCUAUAGGCCAUCGUUUUAACUAAUGAACUUGUGCAGGCAAAGAUGCAAAUGGUUGAAUACUUGAAUCGGUCCUAUAGUUCUUAUCUAAUAUAUAUUGUAUAUCAAUUAUCCAACGGAGAAGAAGAUAGAAAAGACAUGGAAGUUUCGUGACCAAGUAUUUAUAAAUGUUCAUACAUGCUAAAGGCAAAAGCACACAAAACCAAGAGCCACUAAAGAAAUUCAGCUCCAUCCAUUGUUGGGUACCGAUAAUUCUGCUAUAGUUCUAUUGCUAUGUCUGAUCCAACAACUCCAAAGUACGAUGUGUUCCUGAGCUUUAGAGGAGAGGAUACCCGUGAUAAUUUCACGAGUCAUCUUUAUGCAGAAUUGUGUAGGAAAAAAAUUGAGACAUUCAUAGAUAAUAGACUUGGCAGAGGCGAAGAUAUUUCACCAGCCUUGUACGAAGCAAUUGAAGAAUCAACAAUUUAUGUCAUCAUUUUAUCAGAACACUAUGCUUCUUCAAGUUGGUGCUUAGAUGAACUGACAGAGAUACUGAAAUGUAAGGAGAGAUACGGAAGGGAGGUGAUACCUGUGUUCUAUAAGGUGGAUCCAUCAAAUGUUAGGCAUCAGAGACAGAGUUAUGCAGAUGAUUUCGUUAAGCAUCAUCAACGAUUUGGUGGCAAAGUGGAUGCGUGGAAGGCUGCUCUAACCCAAGUAGCUGGACUCUCAGGCUGGGAUUCACAAGUAACCAGACCUGAAAGCACACUUGUUACAGAGAUUGUGAAAGACAUUGUGAAAAAAUUGAAUCGUUGUGUCUCAAAUGAUUAUGAAGGAAUGACAGGAAUUGACAACCAUAUUGAAAAAAUUCAAUCCUUGUUGCUCCUUGAGUUGCCGACUGUUCGUAUCAUAGGAAUAUGGGGAAUGGGAGGGAUAGGGAAAACAACAAUUGCCAGUGCAGUCUUUGAAAAACUCGCAACUCAGUUCAAUUACAAAAUCAUCAUUCUAAAUGUUCAACAAGAAAUAGAAAGAGUUGGAGUAGACCAUGUAAAAAGCAAAUACUUAACAAAACUUCUAGGGGAAGACAUUUCAUCCUCUGAAUACAACUUUUCAUUUGAUCCAAGGCUGAAACGGAUGAAGGUUCUUCUUGUUUUUGAUGAUGUGAAAGAUUCUGAUCAACUUAAAGAUUUAAUUGGAACACAUAGUAACUUUGGUCAGGGGAGUAGAAUCAUUUUGACUAGUAGAGACAAGCAAGUGCUGAUGAAUGCCAAUGUUGAUGAAAUAUAUCAAGUUAGGCAAAUGAAUUCUCAAGAUUCUCUACAAGUUUUCUAUUCAUUUGCCUUUAAACAAAACCGUCCAUUAGAAGAAACUUAUGUGAGCUUAUCAAAACAAGUAUUAGACUAUGCUAAAGGGGUUCCAUUAGCUCUCAAAGUGUUGGGCUCAUUGCUUUAUGGCAGAACAAAGGAAGCAUGGGAAAGUGAGCUGCAAAAGCUCAAAAAGCUUCCCGAUCAUAAAAUUUUCAGCUUGUUGAAGUUAAGUUAUGAUGGUCUUGACAGCGAACAAAAGAAUAUAUUUCUUGACAUAGCAUGCUUCUACAGAGGAGAACGGGGGAAAUUUGUAGAAAAUGCAUUGGAUCGUUGUGGUUUCUCUGCUCGCAUUGGAAUGGAUGUUCUUGAAGAUAGGUGUCUUAUAUCUAUUUCAAAAUAUGGUGAAGUUUGGAUGCAUGAUUUAAUACAAGAAAUGGGGCAUGCAAUUGUUCAACUUGAAAAUAAAGAUCCUGGAAAACGUAGUCGAUUAUGGAAGUCCGACGAUAUUUAUGAUGUUUUGAAAAAGAACAAGGGAAAGGGAACAGAUGCAAUCCAGUGUAUAUUCCUAGACAUGACGAAAAUAAAGGAGGAUAUUCAACUACAUGCUGAUACAUUCAAGAAAAUGCAUAAUCUUAGAAUGAUCAACUUCUAUAAUCGUUAUGCAUUUUUUUGUUACCCAAUUGUGAUCCUAUAUUGUUCAUUUCUUAAGAGUCUUCCAGAUGAAUUAAAAUUUCUUCAUUGGGAUUGCUUCCCUCAAAGAUCUUUGCCGCUAGAAUUUUGCCCAAGAAAUCUUGUUACACUUGAAAUGUCUAGUAGCGAUCUUGAACAACUUUGGGAGGGGGAUCAGGCUUUACCAAAUUUGAAAAGGCUUAACCUUAGUUAUUCUCAGAAGCUGAUAGCAGUUCCAGACCACUCUUUCUCUCCAAAUAUUGAAGAAGUAAUUCUUAGUGAAUGCAUAAGUUUGACACAAGUUUACUCCUCUAGCUUCCUCAACAACCUUUACAUUUUAUCUGUAGCAGGUUGUACUGAACUCAAGAGUAUAGAUAUUCCUAGCAAUAUUCUAUCAAGACCAUCUGGAUUAGUGUCUCUCAGUAAUUGUUACAACCUUGAAACACUUUUAAUCAGCAGUAGAACUACUGAUCAUGUUGUUCAAUUUACUCAUUCUUAUAGCUAUUAUAAGUUUGAAAGAAUGAAAUCUUGUUUUGAAGAAACAGAAAUACAGAUGAAUGACGAAGGGGAUUACGAGAUUUGGGAAUCAUUUUCAGAUCCUGUUGUAACUAGUAUCAAUGAUUUUUAUUGGUUAGAUAUUUCCAAUUGCGAGUCCCUAACAUGCCUACCAGCAGAACUGUUAAAUUUGAAGUUUCUAAAAACACUUGAUCUUAGUGGUUGUUUAAAGUUGGAGGAGUUACCUGAAAUCAAGGAGACUAUGGAAAAUCUAAAAGCGCUCAUCUUAGACGAAACAGCAAUAAAAGAACUACCUUCAUCCUUGUACCGUUUGGUCGGUCUUGAAGAAUUGAGCUUAAAAAAGUGUAGAAGGCUUAAGACUAUUCCAUCUUUCAUUGGAAAUCUCAGCAAACUCCUCGAGUUAAACCUUGCCUAUUGUGAAUCUCUUGAAACUUUUCCAAGCAGCAUUUUCAAAUUGAAGUUGACCAAACUCAAUUUUGAGGGUUGCUCAAUGCUUAGGACCUUUCCAGAAAUACCAAAUGACUGCCUGCUUGUCAUCCUUGACUGAACUUUCACUGCAAGGAAGCAGUAUUGUGAACCUUCCUGAGAGCAUCGCUCAUCUGUCAAGUUUGAGAUCACUUAGGUUAAGUGAUUGCAAAUUGCUUGAAUGUGUUCCAAAGCUUCCACCAAAUCUAAACCACGUUUUGGCAUAUGA